UCCUCAGCAGGGCGCCACCAAGGAAAAAAAAAAAAAGACAGCUGAAAGAGAGGGGGAGGAGUUUCCAUUCUCUCUCGCACACACAAUCCUCUUUCCAUCCUCUCUGAUUCCAUUGAUUCAACCAAUCAAAGACCCCACAAGUCUCCACAUUUCCCUCAACAACAAUGCCAGCUUCUCCUCCUUUCCAUUCAGAUGGCAGAGGCAAAUGGAAGAGACGAAAGCGGGACCCCCAAAUCACUCGAAAACAACACCCCAAACACGAACACGAAGACCCUGAUGAUGAAGGCGAAGACGACGCCGUUGAGGACUACAACAAUAACAACCACCUCGACGACGAUUCUGAGGACCCCAACCUCCCCCAAUCGGCUGCUCUUCCUGAUCCCAACCAUCUCAAAACUGAGGUCAUCGCUGAUGGUGAGGUCCGCAUAUGUGACUUCCCUUCCGUAACGAAGCUUGCAGUGAAUCGGCCGCAUGAGUCGGUUUUCGCUAUUGUGGCCUUAGAGAGGGCGAAUUUGAUUGGGGCCAAUAAUGAUAGUUGUAGGGGGCAGGUGCCUAAUUUCGAGAAUGUUUCGUACGGGCAACUGCAGGCUGUCUCCACCGUGCCUGCCGAGGGUUUUGGGUCUGAUCAGGAGAGAAAUGAUGGUGGAAAUUCUGCUUAUGUGGUGACGCCGCCUCCGAAUAUGGAGGGCAAAGGUGUUGUAAAACGAUUUGGGACUAGAGUUCAUGUGGUUCCAAUGCAUUCAGAUUGGUUUUCACCAUCCACGGUGAAUCGAUUGGAAAGGCAAGUGGUGCCACAUUUUUUCUGUGGAAAAUCACUAGAUCAUACACCAGAGAAAUACAUGGAAUGUAGGAAUUAUGUUGUUGCUAAAUACAUGGAGAAUCCAGGGAAGAGGAUCACAGUUUCUGAUUUUCAGGGAUUGGUUGUCGGAACUGAGAAUGAAGAUUUAGCUCGAAUUGUCAGGUUUCUUGAUCACUGGGGAAUUAUCAAUUACUGUGCAGCCCCACCAAGCUGUGAAUCCUGGAAUGGUGGGUCCUACUUAAGAGAGGAUCCAAAUGGUGAGGUUCAUGCGCCAUCAGCUGCUUUAAAGUCAAUUGAUAGUUUGAUCAAAUUUGACAAGCCUAAAUGUAGGCUCAAGGCAGCUGACAUCUAUUCAUCAUUGUCAUGUCAUGAUGAUGAUUUCUCUGACUUGGACAACAGAAUUCGAGAACGUAUUUCAGAAAAUUGUUGCACUUAUUGUUCUCAGCAUCUUCCUGGCAUAUACUUUCAGUCACAGAAGGAGAUCGAUGUACUUCUAUGCUCUGACUGCUUCCAUGAGGGGAGGUUUGUGACCAAUCAUUCAAGCUUGGAUUUUAUAAAGAUGGAUGCAACAAAGGAUUAUAGUGAUUUAGAUGGAGAAAGUUGGAGUGAUCAAGAAACACUAUUGCUGCUUGAGGCAAUGGAGGUUUACAAUGAGAAUUGGAAUGAAAUUGCAGAACAUGUUGGAACAAAGUCAAAAUCACAAUGCAUUCUUCAUUUUCUUCGUCUACCCAUGGAGAAUGGCCUGUUGGAAAAUAUUGAAGUUCGAAGUAUGUCCAAGUCAUCUAAUCUAUCAAGUAGAGAUAAUCACGGAAUGCUACGUUCACAAUCCAAUGGAUCCUGCCUCCAAGAUGCUGAUGCUGAAAGCAGAAUCCCUUUUGCAAAUUCUGGGAAUCCAGUGAUGUCCUUGGUUGCCUUUCUGGCUUCUGCUGUUGGACCAAGAGUUGCAGCAGCAUGUGCCCAUGCGUCCUUGGCAGCAUUGUCUGAGGAUAAUAGGGUGAAUUCUGAGAAAUUACAUGGUAGAGAAGGCAAUUUUCAGGGAGAAGUUGCAAAUUCAAUUCAACCAAAGGAAGACAACGUGCAUGGUUCACAGGUUCCAAAUGAGGCGGAGGGUGUUCUUUUAUCUGCAGAAAAAGUCAAAGCUGCUGCGAAAGCUGGUCUUGCUGCUGCAGCAACUAAGGCUAAACUGUUUGCAGAUCAUGAAGAGAGGGAAAUUCAAAGGCUAUCUGCUAAUAUCAUUAAUCAUCAGUUGAAGAGAUUGGAGCUGAAGUUGAAGCAGUUUGCAGAAGUGGAAACUUUUCUAAUGAGAGAGUGUGAACAAGUGGAGAAGACCAGGCAAAGGUUUGCUGCUGAGCGGGCCCGCAUUCUAUCAACGCAGAUUGGACCUGCUGGGGCUACUUCACAAAUGAACCUGGGAGGCGUUUCUCCUUCCAUGGUUAGCAACAACGUUGGCAGCAGUAGGCAACAACUAAUGCCUACCUCUUCUUCACAGCCAAGUAUUUCAGGAUAUGGCAACAAUCAACAGGUCCAUCCCCAUAUUCCAUUUGUGCAACGGGGACAGCCACAGCCAAUGUUUCCAUUAGGGCCAAGGCUGCCCCUAGCAGCUAUACAGCCAUCCUCAUCUGUUCCAUCAAACGCUGUGUUCAAUGCCUCUGGAAAUUCACAGCCCAGUCUCAAUCAAAUGCUGAGGUCUGUGUCGGGGCCUAGCUCUGGUUUAGGUUGAAACAGAAAAAUGUAAAUUGGUAAUUUAUGGCUAAUUAAAUGUUGGCUACUGGCUCACUUUCUCUGCUGCAACUGGGAUGGAGGAUGAUAUUAGCAGGGACGAAAGUUUCGUCGGCCCUGGCUUUUGAAGUUUUGAUCUGAAUGUAUUCCUCGGUACAGUUUGCAGGGCUUGUAACAGUAUGCACCCUAGUGAUUGGAUUAAAUUAUCAACUGUCGCAAUGGAUUAGGAAAAUUUAUUUUUCAAAUGAAUAAUCUCAUUAUAGAAAAUGUGUCACGAAAAAGGGGCAUAUGAUGACUCAAUGGUUCUGCU